GUGUGUGGUUUCUGAUACCGGGUUCUACGCGUGUUACAAUGUGACAUCAUUCAUAUAUUUUUUCACUCUGAUGUUUUCUUGUGACAUUUCAACUUAAGUAUUGUAGUAAUACUGUAGACGUUUGUAACAUUUAUGCCAGUGAUAUGCCUUGUUACUUAAGCACAUGUCUUACCUUAAGAAACAUUUCCUGGUAAAAGCUUUUAUUAAGCGUCAGAGCAGGUACACUGAAUAUAAACUAAACUAAAUGUUUACUGGAAUACUUUCUAUCAUAUGUUUAUGGAUUUAAUGUUUUUGCAUGUUGUUAGAAUCAUUGAGUGAAAGCAAAAGGGAACUAGACACAACACCUAAAAAUGACAGUUUGACAGUUGGCUAAGAAUUACCACAUCUUUUUUUGCAGCAAUAGAAGGGACUGAAGUUCAGACAGAUGCUAUCUACUGGCCUGACCCCUUAACUCACCUCAAGCAGAACUUCAUUUGAAUCAGAUCUCGUCAGUCUAAAAAUCAUUUCAUAAAGGAUCCCAAUUGAUCUGCUUCAGUUGUAAAGGUCCUGAAGAGAGGGAGGCCAAUCAAUCUCCUGCUGAACUCCAAGGAUGCUCCACUUUUGGAGCAUCUCUGUCUUUGCCUUGGAGGCUUUUUGCCACCUCUCCUGUGCCCUCAGCCUGAAUGGCACAUGGGACAUGUGGAAGGCUGAGCACAGCAAAGUGUACCCCAACCAGGCCGAGGAGGCCCAUAGAAAGUUGAUUUGGGAGAAGACCGCUCAAGAGGUGCUGAGACACAACCAGGAUGCCUCUCAAGGCCUACAUUCCUUCAUGUUAGGACUGAACCACCUUGCUGACUUGACCACAGAUGAAGCCAACAAAAUGCUGAGCUGUUUAAAGCCAGAGGACCCCUCCCUCCAUCGCAACAUGACUUUCACCCCACUGAUGGUUGGACCUCUUCCUGAGAAAGUGGACUGGGUCGAGAGGGGUCUGGUCAGUGCGGUGCAGAAUCAGGGAACAUGUGGUUCCUGCUGGGCAUUCAGUUCUGCGGGUGCUCUGGAGGCCCAGAUGAAGCACAGAACAGGCCAGCUGACUCCGCUUAGCCAACAGAACCUUGUGGACUGCAGCGUCGCCUAUGGCAACCACGGCUGCAGGGGUGGCUACCUGAGCAAGUCCUUCAUAUACGUCAUCCAAAACAAGGGCAUCGACUCUGCGGGGUUCUACCCUUAUGAGCAGAGGGAGGGCAAAUGUCGCUACUCCAUCAGAGGCAGGGCAGGGUAUUGUAUGGGUUUCCGGAUUCUUCCUGCAAGGAAUGAGAAGGCCUUGCAGCAGACAGUUGCCAAUAUUGGCCCAGUGUCAGUAGGAAUCAAUGCUAUGCUACCAUCCUUCCAUCACUACAGAGGAGGCAUAUACAGCGAUUCACAGUGCAACCCAAAGAUAACCAAUCAUGCUGUUCUGGUUGUGGGCUAUGGCACUGAAAAUGGACAGGACUACUGGCUGGUUAAGAACAGUUGGGGAACAGCCUGGGGAGAAAAGGGAUAUGUACGAAUGGCCCGCAACAAAAACCAGUGUGGAAUCUCUAACUUUGGCAUUUUCCCAAAAGUCUGAUGGUUUACUGUUGCCCUCCAAGACUUCCAUGUAAACUCCAUUAUGUAUUUUAUGAAAUAUUUUUUUCAGUUACUGUUUUUACAAUCUAUAAAUCUAAAAACUUAUUUGUAUUUUUUUUUAUUUUACACUUAACUCUCAGUAAACCACAUAAUAUGGCUAUCAGUGAUGUGUGGUGUGAUUUUUGUUUAUGAAAGUAGGCCUACAUACAGGAAUGCAGUUGCCUUAUUUUGAAUGUAAUUGUGCCGAUAAAUCGGUGUUAAACGUGCUUGGAUGGGGGAAAUGUGGUUAACAUGAUGCGUUUCGACAGGAAAACAAGUGACAGGUGGUUGUGAUCAGAUCUAGAUGAUAGUAGCUAUUAUCUAGCCUGGAUACCAGACCGAACUUAGCC